GAUCCGGAGACGGCAUAUGCGCUGUGGCUGCUGCUGCUGCCCUUGGCGACGGGGAGCAGCUGGAUGACGUGUGCUUGGGUCAUUCCCCUUAUGGCGUUGGCUGGAAUGGCCAUGCGCUUUGCGCUUCUUUUCAAAGCCAAGAAACGGACGCCCAUCCUACAUACCAUCACCUUUUCACACUUUGUCGAGCGCGUGCGCUGGACGAUGCAACGCCUCAACUUUGAGUACAAGGAGCAGCCCGAUGUUGGCGUGUUUGGCCUCCUGAUGCAGGCUCGCACGGUUCCGCGGUUGGAGUUGCCAGCGGCCCAAACGGUCAUCGGAGAUAGCUCGGCCAUCAUGGACUACCUCUGGGCGCAAGCCCAAGCAUCGCCUGAAACUGCGGAGCGGGCCGCGUUUCUGCGGCCGACUCCCGAAAUUCUCGAACUCGAGAAGGAGAUGUGCGAGGUGCUGGGCAACCAGAGCCGCCGCUGGCUAUACCAACACAUCUUCGAUCAUCCUCAAAUCCUGUUGGGUCUGUGGGGUAUCAAGGACAAGCGCAUCCCAACGUGGCAGCGCAUGCUAUUGCCGUACAUCUACCCCUUGCUUCGGUCAGCUGCCUGGCCUGUCGUGCUGUCUCGUUCAAGCCUUGAUGUGACCUGCAGGCCUUGCCUCACCCGCUGGGUUGCAAAUCUUAGCGAGAGCGUACGCUCCAUGUUGAAUAUUUCCCCGCGUUCCGCCGAGCGCGUUAUGGAGCGCGUGGAGGCCAUGUUCGCCAAGCUGGACGAGCAGCUGGAGAAGAGCGGUGGGCCUUUCUUGUUUGGCAAGGAGCUGACGCGUGCUGACAUCACCCUUGCCAGCCUGGCCGCCACCGUCAUCUGCCCCGAUGUCAACUACACUGGCAACGUGGCCAUCGCAGACUGCCUCCAGUUUGACAUCAUGCCCGACGUGGUGCAGCGCCAGGUCCUCAAGCUUCGCGCGACCAAGGCCGGUGCCCUGGUCCAACGCUUGUAUCGUGACGAGCGCAUCCCCACCGCUUAGCGUGAUGCCGUUAUCAGACGUGACUAGCAAUUGAGUUGCCCCAGUCUG